CCAGCUAGUAAGAACUCAUGUGAAGGCAACAUGAAUUCGGCAGCUAUUCCAGCCCUUGUUGAAGAUUGCUAUGGUGACGACAGAUGGAUGUGUAUGCACAAAAGAUUUCUAAUAGAAGCAAAGGAGCGAGAGCCAGAAGUUGUACUGAUAGGAGAUUUUACAGUUGCUAUGUUGAGUCACACUGAGGUUUGGGAGAAAUAUUUUGUUUCUAUGCAUUGCUUAAAUUUUGGCAUAUCAGAAGAUAAAACACAGAAUGUUUUAUGGCGAAUAGAGAAUGGAGAAGUUGAAUUUAUGAAUCCAAAGGUGAUCAUACUGUCUGUUGGGGCUAAUAAUUAUGAAAACACAGCAAAAGAGGUGGUUGAAGGAAUACAUGCUUGUUUAACAGCUAUUAGGAGCUACCAUCCCAAAGCGCAAAUUGUUGUAUUAAAACUGUUUCCCUGUGGUCAGCAUCUUAACCCAGUGAGAGAAAAAAUAAAUCAGAUCAAUAAUUUGCUAGAAGCACAGGUGAAGUCUUUAUCAAAUAUUCAAGUGGUUAACCUUGACCCAGGAUUUGUUCAGACAGAUGGUACAAUUAAUCACCAUGAUUUGUAUGACUAUCAGCACUUGACACGUACAGCAUAUAUGCAGGCCUUUCGUCCUUUGUCAGAUUUAAUACAGCAGCUGAUCAGAGAAAUAACACUAGCUGUAGUUGAAACUCCAACAUUGCCAGAUGAAUAAUAAUUAUGGUGAAACACUUAAAUCAUUUGCUUAACAAGAUAACAUUAUCUUGUUAUCAGACAUUAUGAUGCUUUUGAUUAACUAAGAAUCAAUAUUGAAUGUGUCAUUUUGUUAUAGUUUUUUUAAUGAGAAGAAGCUCUAUUGUAAGUUGUAUUGUAAUUGUAUAAUAUGAAAGCUGAUACUUUUGCAGUGCACAUUUAGUCAUUGUGAGUGACCUGAAGCAACAGGCCCAAAACUUGUUCACUUAAGGGAUCAAAAAUAUAACUCUUGAAAAGCAACCCAUCUGAUUAAUGCUUCUAUUUUUGCAUUAUAUUCCCACGGUGUUGUUGUUGUUUAAAAGCAAUCAUGUGAUUGUGUAUGUUUUUUAUAUUAACUCCAUUGGUCAUUUCAGCAUUUGUUUUGCUGUUAAAUACAUCAAAUAAUAAGUAAACUUUUGUUCUACAAUCAUAUAAAGGUAAAUCUUAUUACAAAAAUAUUAAAUUUUUUAAUCAUGUGACAAGUACUUUUAAAAUAUCACAAGCAUUUUGAAUAUUGUUCCACACACACAUAUUUUUGAUUCAACAAAAAUUCAUAGUAAUAAAUAAUCAAAUGCUGAGAAAUUAUAAGUACUGAGACUCAGCAUCUCAUUAUGCACUGUUUGAGAGAUAGAAAAUUAAAAACUUCUCAACUCUUUUCUUUUCUUAUUACAAACAUAACCAUGAAAAAUCUAGAUUAUAACAUAUAUAUAUGUUUGAGAUUGAAGAGUUAAAUAGUUAAGAUUAGAAAUAUAUAAAACAUGCAUACAAGUAAAUAUUCUAGUUUUCAAAAUUUGUAGCAGGUAAAAGAGAAAGAAAAAAAGUCCCAACAGAAUUUGAGGAGAUUCUUGUGUUCUUGACUUGCUUGUUAUUAUUAAAUGCAUUAGAAACUAAAGAUUUCUCAAUUAUAUUAAGAUGUGCUUGGUUAACUGGACUUCAUGUUGAAAAAAUACUGUGCUGGAGAUACUGAAAGAGUGUGAACAAAUUAGUUAUGAUUAUGAAUUUUUGCUUUAAUAUAGUUAUAGAAUAAGAGGUAAGCUCCAUUUGCAAGAUGUAUAUUAUACUUUUUGAGUUUUCAAUUACAAAAAUAAUAGAAAAUAGUAUACUGUCUACAGUACUUAUCAAUUUUAGUGAGACUUGUAGCUUGA